UAAACCAUUAAAGUGAAAAACAGAACACAAAAAGAGGAAAACAUUCAAAACCAAUUACCUCCAAAGACCAAAGUCCCUAAAGAAGCCAAAAAAAGAAGAAAAAAAAGCAACUCUCUCUAAUGUCCCAAAAAUCCUCCUCUCGCUCUCAGUCGCUAAAGAAGAAGAGCUCCGCUGGGGUUUUCGGGGACGUGCUGUACGGCGCGUUGAUGCUUCCCAAAGAGCUUGAGAUCGAGAAGGGGAGCAAUUUCGAACUGGGAUUUCAAGUUCCUGACGUCGGGCGUGUCAUCAAUGAUUUCUUGAGGACUAGAGAAGUUGGUGAGUUUCUUAGUGGGGCUUUAGCAGGGGCUAUGACCAAAGCUAUACUUGCUCCUCUUGAGACCAUCAGGACAAGAAUGGUGGUUGGCGUUGGAUCCAAGCACAUUGUUGGUAGUUUCGUUGAGGUGAUUGACCAGCAUGGUUGGCAAGGAUUAUGGGCUGGCAAUGCAAUCAAUAUGCUCCGCAUAAUCCCAACUCAGGCAAUUGAGCUUGGCACAUUUGAGUGUGUGAAACGAACAAUGACAUCAGCACAAGAGACAUGGAGUCAUACUGAAUGCCCGAGGAUGCAAAUUGGUCGUGUGAGUUUGAACUUUUCUCUCUCCUGGAUUUCUCCAGUUGCUGUGGCUGGUGCAGCUGCUGGAAUUGUUAGCACACUUGUGUGCCAUCCCCUUGAAGUUUUGAAGGAUCGGUUGACUGUCAGUCGUGAGGCAUACCCUUGUUUAAGCAUUGCAAUUAGCAAAAUUUAUAGGGAUGGUGGGAUUGGCGCCUUUUAUGCUGGUAUCUCACCUACAUUGAUUGGCAUGCUUCCUUACAGUACUUGUUACUAUUUCAUGUACGAGAAAUUGAAGACAUCUUACUGCCAAGCAAAAAAUAAAAAGUCUUUAAAUCGUCCAGAGAUGCUCCUGCUUGGAGCUCUUUCAGGUUUCACGGCUAGCACAAUUAGCUUUCCAUUGGAGGUUGCAAGGAAAAGGCUGAUGGUGGGAGCUCUAGAGGGUAAGUGCCCGCCCCACAUGGCGGCAGCACUUUCAGAAGUAAUCCGGGAGGGAGGUCUGAGGGGACUCUACAGAGGGUGGGGUGCUAGUUGUUUAAAGGUCAUGCCAUCCUCUGGCAUCACUUGGAUGUUUUAUGAAGCUUGGAAAGACAUAUUGGUUGCCGGAAAUGGUCAUCUAUGACAAACGUCCACCAUUAUUACACAUUAUUUAAAUUACAAGGUGAAGAGUAUCAUUAGGAUGCUCGAGUCUGUAGGUGGUUUUGCCUUCUUAAUGCUGGGGAAGUUAUGGUUUUGGGCGAGGGCUUCCCCAUGUUGUCCACAACAUUGUUGACUUCCGACCAAAAUUUUGGUCAUCUUCAAUUUUGGUACAUUAAAGGUAAAAAAAUUAAAUGCGCUAAUUUUUUUUUUUAAAUGUCAGCAUAAUAGAAUGUUUAUCCUAAGUGUUGGAUUUUUCUUUUCCUA